AUGUGUUUUGCUAUGCAAGGUAUUGCACAUGCUGCUUUGGUAGAAGUAUGGGAACGUUCAGCAGCCAUUAUCCCAUGCGAUUUAAACGUACAAUAUCCAACAUGGACUGGACCUAGUGGACUUGCGGACCCUCUUAUAACCGGAGAAACAAUGAAUGAAGUAGACAUAAAGCGGUAUGAGAACACGAGCCUCAUUAUCAUGAAGGCAUUGCUGAAACAUGAUGGCUAUUAUACAUGUUCAGAUGAUAAUGGUAACAGUCAGACAACAGAACUUGAUGUUCAAUAUUUUUUACCUUCGGCGAAUUUAUCUGCAGCUUCAACAGAGAACACCACAGCAGUGUUUACUUGUCGUUGCCAUAGUAACCCACCUUGUGUGAUAUUAUUGUAUACUAGUUCCUAUCACCAACCUGAUGUUCUUUUCAUAAGGAAUUACCCUUGUGAACCAGAUCCAAAUCGUGAAAAUCGAACAAUGUGUAGCUUUGUAACAACAAUAGGGAUAAUAAAAGAAAGUAACGGUCUCGAAGAAAACCAAUGCGAAUUCACGUACAAAGGCAUUUUUAAGUUCUCUACACUUACUACAAAAAAUACUUUUUACUUUCCACCAACAUAUGUCAACAUAACUGCAAAUAAAGAUGAGAAGACUGUGACCCUAAACUGCACAACCGAUUCGUCAAACCCUGUUGCUAUGUUAAAAUGGUAUAAAGGGAAUGAAGAUGUAGCCUCAAAUAACUCUAUAAUCACAAGUGAUUAUCAGUCAGUCAUUGUUGACGCGGAGUAUAAUGGUAAAAAUAUAACGCAAUCUCUUGAUAUCAACGUAGAUGAUGUUAAAGAUGGAGAGAAGGUCUUCUGUUGUGGAAAACAAUUGAAUACCGAGAUCUGUAACUCUAUUCUACUGGCACAAUUUAGAGAAACAUCUGGUGGCUCCUGUCUUACAGUAUGGGUGACUUUGAUUAUUGUUGCGGUUUCCGCCGUUAUCAUUUAAGAGAACAGCAAAGCACUGUUUUGUUUCGGUGCUUUUUUCAUGAAUGUGUUGUCGAGUCCAUUGUAAUUUAUUGUUCAGUGCCAUAAUGUGUCAUUUAGGUAAGGUGUUUGUACUAGUACAAUAGAAAACAAAGUGUUAUUUGUGCCAUGUGGCGGAUGCAAAAAGGCUCCCCGUAUAUUUAAUCAAAGAUGUUAUAUUUUCGAUCCUUGAAGAUCGUUCACCACGGCAUAAUUAUCGUGUAUACAUUUUAUGUGGUAUGUUUAGUUUCUUCCAUUUGACCUUUCAACUUUGGUGGUUCCAGUAUUCCUACUUGAAUACUGUAUAAUCACCCUUAGAAUAUGUUGCCUACUUUUUAAACUGUCUUUUGACAUCUUGUCUGUGAUAUUCAGGGAUCAUAGACUCAGAUCCCCUUUCAAAAUUCAAUAUUAUUUAAUUUCGGCCAUUGUUUUUCUCGUUUAGGGCACAAGCAUUCUUUUAUUUGGGGACCAUAUGCCCCUUUUCAUGAAAUAUCACUACUAUGUCGAUGUCACAUUGAAGGUUUUAUGAUAACCGCCGUGUGAGCACAUCUGCAGAUGUUUCUAGAUUCAAAAUUUCACCAUUUUCAUGUUUAGAUAUUGAAUUCUGCCAGAGCCGGUGCUAUGGGGCGUGGACGGUAUCUUGCACUUUCCAGUACCGUCCAUGACGAGACUCAAUCAAACCAAGCCUGCAACAUUUUCAUUUCUGCCGUGUUGGACUUUCUUUAGGGAUUCUGUUUCUUCUGUAUUUUCUCUAUUUUGUACUCAACAAUGUAUAAUAACCUCAUGA